AUGGACGUCCAAAUGUACAUGUAUGCAAACGAAUUCACGGACGAGGAGAAGAGCCCUGAAUACGGCAUCAAGGGUUGGCCGAAUUGGCAUGUGGGGGUCCUCUCCAUGUACGCGGGGCACGUUGCCAUCAACCACUGCACCCGCGACUAUGGGGUUGUCAAGGAUGCACACAAUUUAGACUUUCCCACCACGUCGCAUGAGUCCCCCACGCGACAUGCCCACCUUCAUACGUGGCAGGAUAGUAACCGGUUCUCCAAGUUGGCGCUCUUGGCGAACGAUUAG